AUGGCUGUCGGGACGUACAUACUCACGACUGUAUUUCUCUUCUAUUUGAUUGCCAUCUGCCGCACACAGCCAGAUUCAAACCGGAAGUGUAAUCCAGGAGAAGUGCGUUGCGCAAAUACCAGCAGGUGUAUUCCCCGGAAGUGGAUGUGUGACGGAGAUGCUGAUUGUCCCAACAAGACUGAUGAACUCAAAUGUGGAAAUGAAACAUGCUCACUUCAAGAAUUCAUGUGUAAAUCUGGAAAGUGUAUUCCAGCGAGUUGGAAAUGUGACGGAGACGACGACUGUGGUGAUCACUCUGACGAGAAAAGCUGUACAAAUAAAACUUGUCUAGACAAUGAAUUUAUGUGCAAAACAAGUCAAAAGUGUAUCAGUCGGCAAUGGCGAUGUGAUGGGGACAAAGACUGCAUCGAUAAUUCUGACGAGCUUAACUGUAAUAUGACGCGUAAUACCUGUAAAGACGGGGAAUUCACGUGCAACUCUAAUGAAUGUAUCCACGAGUCAUGGGUCUGCGAUGGAGCGAAUGACUGCGUCGAUGGCUCUGAUGAGCGGAAUUGCACAGCCUGUCGCGAAAAUAUGUUUAUGUGCCAAACAAGUAAGAAGUGUAUUUCUAAAGAAUGGCGAUGUGACGGGACAAACGACUGCGUCGACAAGUCGGACGAAGUCAAUUGUAAAAAUAAGACGUGUAGGGACGAUCAGUUUAUGUGUAAAACAGAUCGGAUUUGUGUUCCUCAAGAAUGGCGGUGCGACGGUGACGGUGACUGCACCGAUAAUUCAGACGAAAAUAACUGUAAUAUGACGCGUAAUACCUGUAAAGACGUGGAAUUCACGUGCAACUCUAAUGAAUGUAUCCACGAGUCAUGGGUCUGCGAUGGAGCGAAUGACUGCGUCGAUGGCUCUGAUGAGCGGAAUUGUACUAAGGAGAUCAAGUGUACUUCAAGUCAGUUCCCAUGUGACAAGAAAACGUGCAUUGAGGAAGCCAAGAAAUGUGACGGAUUCACGGACUGUUACAACGGAAGGGAUGAGGCAAAUUGUGAAACCAAGGAUACAAAAGUUAUCCUGGCAGACACGCACAGCCUUAAGUUGGUUACACUUUUAAGUGGGCCCAAAAAGGCAUUGUCACGUCGGAUAUCGCCCUCACGAACCGGACAAACCAUAAUAGGAGUGGACUUCGACUACGAGGAGAACUAUGUGUUUUGGACAGAUAAUAAGAGAUCUGGAAUCUUUGUUGCCAGUUUUCAGAAUACUUCGGGAUCCAUUACGGACGAGCGAGCCGUCUUGAGUGACGGGAUAAUCACAGCAGACGGCAUGGCAGUAGAUUGGGUCAAUAAUCUAAUCUAUUGGACAGAUACUGGCCGGGAUGAGAUAUCCGUCACAAAUUACAACGGAACAAUGAAAAAAGUCCUGUUUCGCGAUAACCUAGAUGAGCCUAGAGGCAUAAUAGUGGAUCCAUUGACAGGAUGGAUGUAUUGGACAGAUUGGGGUAACCCUGCCAAAAUAGAAAGAUCCGGCAUGAAUGGACAACAAAGAGAGACUAUUGUAGCAAGCGAUUUGACUUGGCCAAAUGGUAUCACUUUAGAUUAUGACGAUGGACGGUUAUAUUGGGUUGACUCCAAAUUAAGAAAGGUGGAAUCAUCUCAAGUUGAUGGCAGUGACAGAAGAGUUAUCAGCUCUGGGAAAAUAAGCCAUGACUUUGCCAUCUCCACAUCUAAAUUUGAUAUCUUUAUCACAUCCUGGGCAGACAUUGGUAUCACAGGAUUGUCAAAAUCAAAUGGAGAAAUUACAAAAUUCACAAACGAAAGGACCGAUUCUAUCUCUCGGCCAAUGGGAAUGAAAGUAUAUAGCAACACAAUGCAAAAACGAAAGACAAGUAUAUGUUACACAAACGAAUUUGAAUGCGGGUAUCUUUGUCUACCGAGACCUGCCCAGCCACCAUCGACUGAAGUCCAAUACACCUGUGCAUGUCCAGACGGAAUUACAUGUGGAAUCUCCUCCAACUUGUCAUCGACUACAUUGAUACCGACCUCGACCACAGUCGAGACAAGCUUGGCCACUACCAGACAAAACUUGACUACAAUUGAAUCUGAAAUAGAAACCCCAACAGUAACACCCACCACAGUUACGCCAACAACAACUAGCCCAAAGACAACUGAUAUCAUCCGAACAAAAAAUUCCACUUCCGGUUUCACUACUACACAAAAUCCAGGGACGUCAACAACCGUGUCGAACGCUUCCACUGCUCCUACGCCAGUCCUUAAAGAUGGUUCUGCAAUAUGCAAGUCAGGGGAAUUCAAGUGUCUAACUCAAGGCACAUGUAUAUCUCAGACCUGGGUGUGUGAUGGACAGUACGACUGUUGGGACGGCUCUGAUGAGUACAAUUGUAGAACAUCAACCUCACCAACACAAGAUUGGAACAUGAAUCCAAUGUAUGAUGAAUUCUUUUAUAAUUUUCUUAUCAAAUAAAACAUUUAUCUUCAAUGAAAUAUACAAAGAAAUUAGUCUUCACGUGUAUCAAAAGGCGGCCAUAUUGGGACAAGUUGCAUCACAACCAAGCUACGACCUUUAGAGGUUAAUAAUAAAUGAUGUUUUCUCAUAGUCUGAUAAUAAAGAAAAAAAUAACA